AUGGCCAAGGAGGAAAGAUUGUUUUUGAAGGUUUGGGUGGACAAUGCGAAGAAGCGUGUGGUGUUUGCAGAAACUAGCAGCGACUUUGUUGAUGUACUUUUUAGCUUCCUGACUUUACCUCUAGGUACCAUAAUAAAGCUCCUCUCUGACAACUCCGGCUUGGGAUGCAUUGACAACCUCUAUGAUAGCAUCAAGCAGCUCAGUGACGAACACUUCUCCACCAAGGCUUGCAAGAAUAUGCUGCUCAGCCCUUGCAGCGCAGCCGCAGAAUAUUGUGAGAAGUUAAAACUCAACGUUUAUGGCCCAAGAGUGUUCUACUGCUGUAAAAUGGAUGACUGCAUAUCACGCACCAGAUGUUAUUACUCAUCCGUUUGGCAAACAAGGUGCUAUUAUUGUGGCGAGUUUAUGAAUGAAAUUGUGCCGUGGAGAAAUGAUGAAACAACAGAUGGAGUAUUUGUUAAGAAGAAUGACACGAAGUUCAUGAUCACCGAUGAUUUUCGUGUCACACAAUCUUCCGUGUCAGCAUUCUAUGAUCGACUGAAAGAGUUGGAUGUAAAAGAUAUAAAUCUCUUGGAAGAGUGGAUAUUGGAAUUUGGAAGAGAAGAGCUCCUGAAUUUGCUCAAGGAGUCCCUAAGAACAAAGGAAGCGUUGACAAAUAUUUUCUUCCCUGAUUUGUGCAUUCGAUGCACCAGCCCUCAAUGUAAAAAUUGGAUGGAGAUAAUAAUGAAUAAAAGUAAAGAACUAGCAAUAAGGUGA